AUGCGUUUCUCCUUCGCCGCUGUUGUUGCCGCCCUGGCUGCUGGUGUUGUCGCCAGCGACGCUGUCACUGAGACCGUCACCGCUUACACCACCUACUGCCCUGAGGCUACCUCCAUCGUCCACGGUGGUUCCACCUACAGCAUCUCUACCCCCGGCCACAUCACCAUGACUGGCUCCUUCACCGUUACCCGCCCUCUGAUCACCCAGACCGUGACCCAGUGCAACAAGUGCUCCUCCUCCACCCCUCUCCCCACCACCCCCGUGGUCUCCGCCAGCACCGCUCCCUCUUCUACCCCCUUGGUUCCCUCCGGUGCUGGUGCUACUGGUACUGCUGUCUCGACCCCUGCUGCCUCCCAGCCCGCCUUCAACGCUGGUGCUAUUAACGCUGCCACUGGUGCUGGUGCCGGUCUGGCUGCCGUGUUCGGUGCCGUCGCCCUCCUACUGUAA